CUAGAACAGUGGGUUGAAAUAACAACUGUCUUGUACAAGGUAGUGAUUGUGUGUUCGACUCAGUGAUUUUGUUUUGUAUUUGUAUAUGAGACAGUGUUCAGCUUGAACUUUCAAAAGCUUAUGCGACAAACAAUAUGCUUCAACCAGUUUGGAGAGCGUGUCUUUUUGCGUGUUUUAUUUAUGUCUGUAGGAGAAAAGAAGCUGACAGCUUCAUGUUUUAGCAAAGCUGUGUAUGUCAAUUUUAAUGGAUGCAGUACCGGUUACCGAUGCUUCAAACGUGUAUGUUUUGGCUUUAUUGGACUUUUUUGGAUUGGCAACAGAUGCUAGAUGUUAUAUCGAGUCAUCCAUUGACCGUUUCUGGAAGAAGUGUGUUGUUUCCUAUGUUGAAGUGAUUUCCUGGUAAUGAAGAGCAGAAUUUUGUAGGCUGCUGCUUUCACCAUGACAUCACCUGAAAGUCUAAUUCUUGGCACGCAGUUGGUUGAGGACGAAAACAGUGAUACCAGUUUCAUUUUAUCUGAAAUGGCAGAUGUUAAGGUAGAGCAUCAGGCUGACCCUGGAAUGGAGGAUCGUCCAGCUCAGAAUGUUGCCAUGGAAAUGAAGUUCAUUUUGCCCAACAGGUUUGAUAUGAAUGUGUGUUCCCGGUUUGUCAAGUCUUUGAAUGAAGAGGACAGCAAAAAUAUUCAGGACCAGGUGAACUCUGAUCUUGAGGUGGCAUCUGUUUUAUUCAAAGCUGAGUGCAAUAUCCACACAUCUCCUUCUCCUGGAAUGCAGGUGCGCCAUGUUUAUACUCCUUCAACAACUAAACAUUUCUCACCUAUAAGGCAGUCAACUACUUUAACAAACAAGCACAGAGGCAAUGAAGUUUCUUGUACACCAGUGCUUAUUCAUUCAAUGUCUGUUCAUCAACUUGCAGCCCAAGGAGAAAUGCUUUAUUUGGCCACUCGUAUAGAACAAGAGGAUACCAACUUGGAGGAAGGGGAGGGGUUUUCACCAAAUGCCUGGCCCCUAGCCGUAGGAUUAAUGGCAGCAACUGACUUCUUACUUCAAAAUGGUGCAGAUCCACUGAUACUGGCAAAGGGAAGAGAAAGCGCAUUGUCACUGGCGUGCAGUAAAGGCUACACAGAUAUUGUUAAGAUGCUGCUUGAUUCUGGAGUCAAUGUUAAUGAGUAUGACUGGAAUGGUGGCAUACCUUUGCUAUAUGCUGUGCAUGGGAACCACGUUAAAUGUGUACGACUCCUUUUAGAGAAUGGUGCUGAUCCUACUAUCGAAACAGAUUCAGGAUAUAAUGCAUUGGAUAUGGCUGUAGCCCUUGGAUUUAGGAGUGUUCAGCAGGUAAUAGAAGCUCAUAUAUUGAAGCUCCUGCACAAUGUUAGAGAAUGAGCAUCCACUGCACGACUGAAGAUAUCCAGUACUUAACACUUUUUUUUAGUGAUCAUGCAAAGGCUAACCGUGACCUUGGUUUAUAGUGUAUGUAUUGCAAUAUAAUACAUGUUAUGCUGGGUUCUGCAUGUGCACUGAGAGUUACUGGAGAUUUAAAGUGGAAAUGGUGAAAAUGGCUGAGCCAUAUCCCUCACUGUAAAACCAGCCUUUUUUAGCACUCCAAAAAUUUCUAAAUUAUGUGCAGUGAAAGUUUAGAUACAAAUCUUAUUAAUAAAAAUAAUGCAUUUAAGCUAAUUUAAAAAGCUGCUGUGGAAAUGACCAGCAAAUCAAGAAGUUGAACUUCUAUUUGCAGCGCAAAAGACUUGACUUGGGUGAUAGAGCCAGUUCUUCAGAUCAUUGUCCAGAAGGUACCCAUCAGACAUAUUGGGGGUAGUAAUGUUUCUUUUGGCAGUGGACAAGAUCCUGAGACUAGCUAGCUAUCUAGUGAUACAUCUCAGAAAUACUGACACUAUUUCAUGUUACAGGCUUGAAAGGGAGGGGUAUAACUUGUGUACAUUAAACAGGUUUGUCAUUGUUGCAAGAAUACAUACGCCAAGAAGACAUCCUGGAGUAAUAUCUUGAUAGAGUAGGUAGCAUAAACUGUAUACCUUGGUAAUGGCUGUCUUGAACUACAGAUGUAGAUGAAUAUCUGAGAAAGCAUUGUUAAUGCAGGCUUGAUGUGCUGCUGGAAUAUACCAAUCAGAGAUGUUAAAGGGAAUUACUGAAUUUACAGUACGUUAUUCCACGUAAGUAAAUACAAACAAAUGAGAAUGAUCUGAACAGACUAAAAGAAUCUUCAUUGUAGAAAAUGUGUAGAAGUACUGCCAUUAAAAUACAGAAUGACUGCAAAAUUUGAUUCAGGUUGCUAAGUCACCUGAAAAUUUAUGGAAUGAAAAUACAGAAGUAUAAGAUGGGUACAAAAGCAAUUACAUAAGCCUAAAUCAUUUGGAGAAGUAAUCAUGUUAAGUCAAUCUCCUAUACCAUGGCUUGCUUCAUAACUUAGUGACACACACAAAUGACAAUAGCUAGAAAAGUUUGGAUUUAUGCCUCCCUGUACUAUAUUGUAAAUAUAACAGAUGUUGUAACCCUCAAGGAUCCUCCUUUGAUGCUGUUGGUUAGAUAUCACUUCUCCAGUAGUUUGAAUUGUGCAUUGUGUUCAGCCAAAUCCAAUUGAAAUGCUGCAUUUGUUCAGCCAAAUCCUUGUGUGGGGGUGUUUGCAUGCACAACUGGCACCUGCCAUGAUGUAAUACACUGCUUACAUAACCAUGCUUGUCAUUGAAGAAUACCAUAUAUUUUUUUUUUUUUUACCACUGGCACAGUUUGGACUAGAGUCCUUGCAGUCUGUGAUGCAUUCCUGCACUCAUAUGCAUUGCAGCAAGUGUCUAUCAAAUUACUAGCCAAAACCUGCCUCUCUGUUAUCUCAUAGAAUAGUAUGACAUUGAUAGCUGUUGCAGGUACUAGAGGUUCAGUCUAGUUAGUCAACAAUGACAAGUGGAAGUGUUGUUGGUCUAAUUUUUAAAGAUGACUGGGGUGAAGAGCUGUUCACUUGGAGUCCACAUAGAAUGACCUUUUAAUUGCAGAAUUUUACUCUGGUUAAUCCUUCAUGCUUCCUUUGGUAAAGGACAAUAUCUAAGACUAGUUAGCUAGGAGUCCAGUGGAAAGAUAGUUCUCACAGACCCAGGCACAAGACAAUGCACUACUACAAGGACAAGCACUUUCAGGGGUAGAUCCAGAUCUAAAUGUCUUCCGAGGCAGUCCAGUUGCCUGUCACCUAAACCUUGCAGACUAUAAUUAAUCCUUGAUUGUUGAGAGUUCAGUACCUCAAGGACCUUGAAAGCCUUACCCCCAGUUUGUACCUUGGAGAUGCAUUCCAAGUUUCUUGUACAAUCCUGUCUUUUUUGGUGGUGGUUCUGGUACCUAGUUUGAACAUCAGUCCACCCCCUGGCUCACUGUGUUGGCACAUUAUUUCUGCAGGAUGUGAGGACUCAACUUAUUUAUUAUUUAUUUAUUUUUAUUUUACAUUUGUUAACCGGGAUGGUCCGACUGGAUACAUGUCCUUUUUCAGCGGAGGCCCGGGGAGAAAAGCAGUUCAUUUCUUCACUCAUCCCUUGGGAGCAAGGGUUGAGCUACUGAGAGUAGUAUCCUGAAAGGGAUUGGGAUUCUAAUUCCCUUCCUCACAAUGUAGUUGUAAGUACUCAUCAGAUUGUGUAGGCAAUGAGGAGUGACUUGAGAGCAUGUACUGCCCCAGGCCCUUAGGGCAACUGCGCAAGCUUCUCCUGCCCUCUCAGCCCAGGCUGGUAUUAUUUUGAGCAUUGGAUUACAUCAACUGUAACCAAGAAACUGCCCACAGUCUCCCUUCCCUCCAGGAUAGGCAUUCCUAUCCUCCCUGCCUAAGCGGUCAAGCAUCUGAGAUGCAAAUCAAAGACUGGUGGUGGGUGUCAUAACCAGGGUUUUAUUUCACUGGUGAGGCUACAUCAUCCUGUCUUUCGGUGACUGUAGCCCAUUGUUAACUAGCCACAUCCUGGAUAUUGGUCCCUUGAGUCAUUAUGUCAUCAUCUGGUGGAUACUCCAGAUAAGUACUAUUUUCCUGUAACUAGCCCUCGGGACCCUGUAGGUAAUAGGCCACAAUCAAGGCAGGUCUGUUUUUCCAUACCAGGGUCGAAUCAUGUUUAUUCAGCAUCAAACAUAUGCUUGCCUGAUAGGAACUUCAGUAGCAGAUGUGGGUGCACAUCAUUACAGACUUUGGUGUGAAGUCUGCAUCAGACCUAGAGUAUGUGUGUGCCCACUUCCUGCUGCCUUUAGCUAACAUUUGAUUUAGAGUCCGUUCUUGAUCCCCCAAGUUCCUUUCACAAGUUUCCCAUGUACUCACCCCUGUAGUGAGUUCAUGUAAAUGGGUGGGAAAAAUUGCAGGUACUCCCUUGCCCAUUGGGUCUUUUAUGAAUUCAAAGGAUGUCAUAGCCAUGGUCUCAGAUAUGAAUAAGAAUGAUAAUUCUAACUUCCAUAAGCAUUCCUCCUGAUGAUUCUUCCUUUGGCAAUGCUUGGCUUGUGAAGAUACAGCUUACUCUGGUUUUGAGCCCUGAGCCCUUACCACCCAGAAUGACUUCACGGAGUUUCUGAGGGAGAAGUUCCGAAUCUUUCCACUGGAGCUAGUUAGACUGGGUGCUAUCAGAGAAAAUUGGAGCACCCUGACUCUGGUUCCAUUUGUCUAGAAAAAUAACAUUCCCUUUUGUAAGUUACCACCUUGACCACAAAUUAGACCAGUCUAUCAAGCAUCCCAUUGUUGACUCUUUUUGGUAAAUUCUUAGUCUAGCAACAAAUUUUGCCAGUUUUCUAGUGGUCAGGAGUCCAGAGCUAUGGACAGGUAUGGCAAAAUAUUCUUCUCUGUCAAGUUGGGGCUUAAUAUACUCAACUGUUCCUCAUUCCUGUCAUAAUUCCAGGCUCACUUUGUUAGGACGCUGCUGCAUAAGCUUUAUGAGCUCCUUCUUUCUGAACUUAAGGAUGAUUUUCUUGAGACUCUGUCCAUUGCUGCCACUAUGGGACAGUAUAUGUCCUAUUGCAGUUUUGACUGUGCUGUUUCUUUAGGUAGGUGAGUGCCUGCACAGGACACUGUGGUUGAGGUACUCCUCUUGUCAAAGGGGAUUUCAGGAAAAAGAUCUUGUUUGUCUGCUUUUCUGGGAAGAGUUCUCUGGCCAACCUUUCUAGGGCCUGGUUGAGGAUUUCUUGAAGAAGGAGCAGACCAUUAGCAUUGUGGAAGGUCUGUAUGAUCCCUUACCCCCCCCCCUUCUUCUGCUGUCAUUCAUUCCUCUUUUACUCCUGGCCAGCUGUAAAAGAGGAAGAGGCCUUCCCAGAAUUGGCUAAAGGGCUUUAUUACAAGGUCCAGGGUACUAGUACUAAUGAAGUAAUCCAGAAUGAUGAUUUCUCCAAAAUUACCCUGCAGCAGUCCUGAUCUGAGACUGUUCGGGGGGGGGGGGUGUUCCAAAAUUCACCUCUCCUUGGAGAACCCCAGUAAAAUACCAGUGCAUCAGUCACUUUCAGGCAUGUUCUGGAACUUCUGGGUUCUUUUCGAGAAGAGACUCUCCUGGAAGAUAUGUUCAUUUCACUCAGGAUCUUGGGACAAAACCAGACUGUCCUAGUUUUAAAAGAGGGACAGGAGUUUUACUCCCAUCUCUUCCUAGCUGUGAAGGAAACGGAUGCUUUUUAUCCUCUUCUGCUUCAACCAUCACGUUUUUAUAUUCAAUUCCAGGUGAACAGGCAGUAAAAAUCAUGCCCCUAAUGCUGCAUGCUGCCUACUUUGUGACAGAUGCCUCAGGGGACUCGACCAAUUUGCUUUGGUUGGGCAUCACUUCCAAUUCAAAAAUGUGCCAUUUCACUUUCCUCCGCAUCCAGAAUCUUGUGUUGGCUAUGGUAACAAAAGCUUAGGAGAAGUUCAUCCUAGUGUUUUCUUUACUGAAUGACUGGCUUCUGGUUGAAGUAUCUAGGGACUUUGUGCUCUUGAGAAACCCUGUGGGCACACCCAUAGAUGCAGUCCUUGGGGAUGUAUGAUCAUAAAAUGUAAUAAGUCCUGUAUGAGCUCAGCUUGGAGAAGGUAUUUUUUGAGAGGAACAGUUUUAUGGGUCUGCACUAUCAAUAAUUUGGCCCUUGGAGAGAGCUGACAAGGUCAUGGCAUUAGCUUUUGAGUUAGGUCACAAAACUGCCAUGUGCUCAAAGAACUGUUAGUCUCUUGUUAUAGGGCCCUGGAAUCAUUUAGUCCCCAGCAAUCUGUCAGUGUAUCUUCCCUUUCUGUAGCUGCACUCAUGCUAAAUGUUGCUAGUGAGCACUUUGCUUGUAUGCUGGGGUACUGAGGUGCCUGCAAUUGCAGGGAAUUUGUUCUUCUUGAAAAAUAGGGCUCCAUUUCAGACUUAGGCACUCAGAUUGGUGCUCAUGGUCCUGAAGGCCUCAAGAGAAGUUGUUGGUUUUGGAGCCUUUCCUCAUUUAGUCAGACUGCCAGUCCAUGAUGUAGUAUGUAGACAAACAAGGGGCAGAGCUUAUCUGGCAGUGAGACAUAGAUAGGAGCAUUCUUCAGUCAGUGGAUCCUAUCCCCAGAUGAGAUGGCUCUCUGUUCCCGUGCCUGGUCAGGGUCCUCCAGAAGUAGAGCAUUCAAGUAGUAAUCUCUCUGCUUCUCAGUAGAAUGUAUUUCUUGUGUUCUGCUUGGUGCUGCAGGAUAGUGAGAGGUGGCAGUAGACAUGUUCUCAGAGCCAAGACACAGGAUACUGUCAUAUCUGAUAGUUCCAUGCCGCACCUUAAAGUGCAGAAGUGAAAGACCAAAACUCAUUCUCAUCAUCCUUUGGUGGCAGAAAAGGGUGAGUUUGCAGGCUGUGAUGUUUCUAUUUACAGGAAAUCUGUCAUAUCUGAUGAUUAAAUGUCACACCUUAAAGUGCAGAAAUGAAAGACCAAAACUCAUUCUCACCAUCCUUUGGCAGAAAGGGUGAGGUUUCAGGCUGUGAUGUUCCUAUUUACAGGAAAUCCCCUUUCUUCUAACAAGGAGAAGUCCCACAUGAAUGGAGUGUCAUCUUAGCCCCACCUGUGAGUUUGCUGCUGAUAUAGGUUCCUCAACCCAGAGGAAUCCCCAGAUUGGGAUUUUAGAGGUGACUGAAGUUGCCAGUAUACCUUUUUUUUGGCAGAAUUGUGCCUUCAUAUGAAAACAGUCUGGCAGUUGGCAUAGUGGAUUAUAGGUAUGAAUUGUUGAGGCUACUUCCUGCGGUACAGGAUUUGAUUCCUUCAGCUUUCAUUUGUCCACUGUGCAACCUUGAGCAGGUUCAUAGUUUGGUACUAGGCUAUCAGCCCUAGGGCCUAUACAAACCUAGCCAUAACAAUUUCCUGGCUAUUUCUUCCCACAAAUCACUUAAAAUAAUAUUUGGGGUUAGUUGGGAAUUUUGGGCUAGGCAUAUUAAUGGUCAGCUGGAUUGCAUACCUACCUAUGAAAAGUUCUUGGUAUUCAGUAUUGCCCAGAUCAGUCUGUCUGUAGGUAGUUCUGAUAUCUGCGAAAUACCCUUUUGCCUUGGGCUUCAUGGUCAGGACACUUGCCUAUUAUUUCUGUGCUUUGCAAGUUGGUAAAGAGCAGUACUGUUGUCCCUACAGCAGCUGGUCAUGCAGUUCCUUAAAGAAGUACUGCAUCUCUGCCCUCCAUUAAGAAAUCCAUCUCGUCCAUAAGACCUGAACUACAUGAUGUACAGGUUUGCCCAUCAACUCUGUCUGCCUUCUUGAUCAGCAACAUCAAAGUUAGUAUCCUCAGAAAAGUUCUUGCUGAUGGAUUUCACCGCCUCAUGGUACACCUUGGACCGUCAAGUCUUAUCUGUUCAGGGAACAACGUUUGGAAUUUCUCAAGGAUUGGAUGUCUGUCAAGACAAAUCCUCACUUACUCCUGAAGGUAGUUGCAAACAUUGUCCUUGUUAAUCUGUCAGUCUCAAUAUUUUCUUGACAGCAGAAGCCCCCCCCCCCAUGAGUAUUGUUUUGCUAUAUGCUGUUACUGUGGAGUUCCUUGUAAGUCAAGCAGGUGUACAUUGCAUCAGCUCUGCAUUGUUACUUCAUGGCGUGCAGGAAAUGCUUGCUUGUGGCAAGGAGAAUGCUAGUGCACUGUAUGGAAGGGCACGCUUCUUUAGGUGACAUGUCAGUGCAUAUAUUAGUCAUGUGUGCAGACGUCCCCAUUCUUGGAAUUUUGGUGAAUGAAUUCAGAAUUUUUAUUGUUAAAAAAAAUCCCUGGCUAAGUACCCAUCAAGGAAACUCCUUUUUUUUUUUAUAGGUCAGAUAAUAGAGCAUAAGUUUUGUGUAUUGUUUCAUUAACUGUCAUACCAGAAAACAUUUUUGUAAUGAUCCAUAAAUCAUUAUUUAUUUAUAAAUAGGCUGCUAAUCAUUUUUAUUUAAAACUGUCUCCAAAGUAAAUGAAGAUUGCAGGGAGUGAUGGGCAUGACAAAGCAGUUGAAUCUCUUGCAAAUGUUACAUUGUAAGUUGCAAAGUGAACUGUAGUCCACAAUGCAGUUUGACUACAGCUCUUUACAUAAAAAAAAGUACAGAGCUU